CCGUCUCACUUGACACAUGUCCAUUGUACGUGUGCUAACUUUCUCUCGCUGCACAGAUAGACUACUACUGUAUUUUUACCAUUUUUCUUUCACCUCAUAUUUGCUGUCAAAUGCUGAUACUGUGUGGGAAUGCAUAAAGGGAUUCCGCCUCAGACAGAUCAUCCAAUCAUCAUGCAGAAGCCGAGCAUCCGGGCCAGCCCACUGCCCCGUAGACCCCCCAGAGAAGCUGAGUGUCCGAGGGGCAGGACAACACCCAGCAUUUAUCAAAUGGCCGUCCAGUUUCGCACAGUGGAACAGCCCACUCUACGCCUCCCCAUCAAAGCCAGUAGAUGCUCAGCGGCCGACUGUGCUGUGGCGCUUCAGGGAUGAAUGAGAAGGUACCUGUGAUAAGUAGCUGAUUCUGAACAAAAGAUGAACGUAUUCUAGAGCAUAUUUAGUCAAUGAAGUGUACAUAUAGCAGUACAUAUUUCACCGCUUUUUUGGGGGGGACAUUUUAGGGGAAGCUGAGCUUCCCUUGCAGUCUUAGAGCAAUCACCACUGAUUUCAAUGGAGCAUGGGAACUGUUCACUGGUCACAACAGCCCCCCUACCGCUGAAGGGGACAACAAUGUUUAGCAGCUAAUAGCGCUGGAGCGUCUGCCAACGGACUGGCCUCAGCUGGAACCUACACCCAUGAAGCUGGGUUUUGAUCCUACUAUGAGGAACUAAGCGGAAUUCCGUUCUUAUCACAGAAAUCUGACCAGAACUGGACUUAGGAGACCAAAAGGGGGGUAAUUAUUAUGACAAAAACGCUGAGCUCCUGAACAAAAUGAUACAUCCAGCCAACUGCCACACCCUGUCAACCAGUAUAAAUAUAUGAAGGACCAGUGGUCACCAUCCAGUCAGCACAGAGGCAAUUGAAGAUUUCUCUUUGUUGAUGGUCUUUGGUCACUGAUUCAAUCUUUACCAACCCACUAUCCCCACAAAACAACAACAUGCACAAGCUAAUUCUUCUUGCAGGUCUCUGUGCGAUCAUCACUGGGAUGAGCGCUACCAAAAGACUGGUGUGUCACUAUGACAGCGCGUCAGUCCAAAACCGAGGGCCAGGACAUUUCAAAAUUUCAGACAUCGAUCCCACUCUGUGUAGUCAUCUGGUCUAUAGCUUUGUCGCCAUUGACAACUUUGGGAAGCUUGGUAUUAUUCCUGGGGACAUACCACAAUUCUACGCUUUCAAUGCUCUAAAGAACAGUAAUCCACAGCUUAAAACCCUUCUGGAGGUCAAUCUGAUGCUUAACUUCCCUGCACUCCACACCAUGAUAAGCACACCAAAUGGCAGAAGCAGCUUUAUUGGUUCAGCAAUCGAUGCGGUGCAAGAAUAUGGGUUUGAUGGGUUGAACGUCUUCUGGAUGAAUAGAAUGAACUAUCCAACACUUAACCCGCAACUGUUCUCAGAGCUUAUUAUGGAACUGAGAGCGGCCUUCGAGGGUCUACUACUCACUGCUAGCAUCUCUGCUGUGGAAUCAGUCAUUGAUGGCAGUUAUGAUGUCCACACAAUUGCCAAUAACGUAGACUUCUUGAAUGUGAUGACGGCAGGCAUUGACAUCAACUUUAUGUCUCAGCCCAGCGACACGGGGUUUGAGCGAACGAUAUCGGCAGCUGCAUACUUGGCCAGCAAUGGAGCACCACAGAAUAAGCUUAACUUGGGUAUUGCGGCAUAUGGACGAGCCUUUGCUGAGACACUUGGGUUGAGUGAACCAGACAAAACUAAGCCACUGCAAGGUUACCUUACUGAUAGACCAGGUCUCUGGACCUAUUAUGAGGUUUGCCAUCACCUGUCUGAGAGUACAAGCCAGAUUGCCAAUGCUUUUGUUGGCUAUGACAGCUUGCCAACCAUAGUUGCAAAGGCUGACUUUAUCAACAACCACGCUGGAGGAGCCUUUGUCAUGUCCAUCAACCUGGAUGACUUCAGUGGGAACUACUGUGGUCUAGGCAAUUAUCCUGUCAUCCAAACCCUGCAUGAUGAGUUGACUACACUACCUGCAUCUAGAUGACGGACUGCACCAGCAUCUUGAUGAUUCAUUAUUCACUAACUUACUCCAAAGAUCAACGGUUUCAUGAUUAAACAAUAGGGUCUUACUUCAGUGUUAUAAAGAAGAAAUACAACAUUUUGGUGGCUGAUGGGAAAAUUAAUUAAUAAAUGUAAUGUAUCUCCGACAGUUGAAAUGUUACCUCACUGUGGGACAAUUGUUUUUUGGUAGAUUCAAAUAUACUGAAGUUAAUUGUGGUGUAAUCAGUAGAUGAUUAUAUACUGUAUAUAACGAUGCAGGUGUUGCAGAUUAUUCACAUUGAUGAUUAUUGUGACUACGUGUUCAUGAAGACCACCAGAGCAGUGAUACACAUCAGACUUCAUUCAUCCGGUGAUUGUGGGUAACCCAA